AUUUGAAUUAGUUGGUUUGCCGUCAUCAGCCGCCAUUCCGGUCAGUUUCGACGUUUUCGUGCCAAUUUUCGGUGCUUACCGUGAAACGUACCGCGAUUUUUGUGAAUUCUACGUCGAAAGUGUUGCUGCUUCCUGAAGUUCCAGUUCGUCCAAACGGACUGCGGCCCUUAAAACAGUUUGGAAUGCACUAGCAAACGAUUUGCUAGAGAGAGGGUUUAAAAAUGCAAAAUUGGAACCAAUGGCAAUUGUCAGCUGGUGCUGUUGCCACUCCAAUGCCACAACCACCAGUUGGUUAUGCUGCGCCUGGAGCAGAUCCGAUGGCUAUGAUGCAAGCUUACAUGCAGUAUUAUAGUCAGCCGGCACCCAGUGGAUAUACAGCAGAACAAUGGGCUGCAGCACAACAACAAAAUUGGGCUCAAUGGCAGCAAUGGCAACAACAAUAUCAACAAUGGCAGGCUCAGUAUGGAGAAAAGUAUCAGGAAACUAUGAAGCACAUGUCUGCCCAGAACAUGAGCCUGGCUACACAGGUGUCUCAGUUACCAAUUAUACAACCUCCACCACCUCUUCCGAAAGAGGAUGCAAAGCCACCAUUACCCCCAACCACAAUGAACACAUAUCAGUUUACAAGCAUGCCCCCACCGCAUCAAAAUAAUCUUCCAUUAUUUCCUGUUAAGCAAAAUACGAGUGCCACGGUGCAAACUAGUGUACAAAACUGCCCCCAAAAUCCCCCUCUGCCCCCUAAUCAGCCACCGUUGCCUCCUGAAAGUAGUAAUAGUAGUAAAGAAAGUACAUUAACCGGUAAACGCGGUAGUAGUAGCGUUAGUGAAUCCAAUAGUGCUAAAAAGUUAAAAGUUGAAGACGAAGAGUUAACCGAGGCUGAGAAAACGUUUGACGCUCAGUUUAAACAGUGGGAGGAGCAAUUUAAUAAGUGGAAAGAGCAAAAUGCAAAUCAUCCAGAUAAGACCCAAUACAAACAAUAUGAAGCAAAGUGGACGUCCUGGCGAGAGAAGCUUAUUGAGCGACGCGAACAAAUGCGUAAAAAACGCGAACAACAGAAGCAAGCCGCUGUUAAAGCAGAAGUCGAGAAGAAUAAGAGCUUACCUGGUGAUGAUAAAAUAAUGAAUAUUCUGUCGAGUACAGAGAAUCAAGGAUUGAUCAACAAUUUAUUAGGCAUUGGAAAAACUCUUGGUUUAACCGGGAAACAAAAUGCUAACGUACCUCCACCGCCGCCACCGCCACCAGCUACAGAGACUGCAACAUCCACCGUUCAAACAUCUACCAUGGCACCCACCCCUCAAGGAACAUCGCAGUUGUCAACAUCUCAAUUACCAGCUACGAACAUGGUGUCUUCUAACGCAAUGACUUCAUCCCCUUGGAGUUCCCAGCAAUGGGCACAGCAGUAUAACACAGGAGUAAACAUACCAGGCUUCUCCAACUUUCAAUCCAUGACCGGUGUGCCUCCACCACCUUUUGGUACACCACCCACGCAGAUGCCUCCACCAAAUUUUACACAGCCACCACCAAACUUUCCUAAUGUUCCAAACUUCUCUCAGCCACCACCUGGUUUUGUUGGCACUGAUAGACAAAACUCUAAUAUACGACCGCCAGUUCCACCAAAUAUACAAGGAAGACCUCUGCCAUACGGUCCAAAUUUAAAUGGUCCCGAUGGAAAUCAUGCUGUCGAGCGUCUAGGACAAGCUGGUCCCAUGAAUAACUUUGACUCGAUGAGUCAUUCGAAUAGUUUUGGUAAUAAUGAUUCUAAUCGACAGAAAGAUGGCACAUUGUCAGAUCGCUUUAGUCGAGAUGGUAUUAUUGACAAACAGAGUAACCAGUUUCGACCUAAUGACGUAUACGGUCAACGAAACGAGAACUAUAAAUUUAAUGAUGAACGACUGUCUGAAAAUGAUCAGUUUAGAAGAGAAGAUAGAAAUUUUCAGGAACACGGAAAUAAUCAGUUCGGCCAACAGAAGAUGAAUUUCAACAAUGAAAGAUUUGUUCCUGGAAAUGAUCGUUUUGGACCAGGGAACAAUCGUUUUGGUCCAAAUGAUCGAUUCAGUUUAGGAAACGAUCGUUCCGGACCUGGAGAUAAUAGAUUUGCAAAUGAAAGAUUUGGACUGCCAACUGAAAGAAGUGGACAAGGAGCUGAACCUGCUAAUGAACGUUUUGGAAUAAGUGAUAGGUUCAGCUCCAACAAUGAACCGUAUAGUCCAACGGGUGAUAGAUUCAAUAGAAAUAAUUUGGAUCGUUUCGAUCAAAAAGAUAUAGGAGAUAGACGGGAUAGCUUUUCGAAUGCUCCUCGUGGCUUUAAUAGAAAUAAUCAAUUCGAACCGUCAGAUAAAUUAGCACCAGAAUUGAAGAAACUUAUGGAAAAACGGCGAGCUGCAAUGGACGUCUUCAGACCAAGUUAUCUAGACUCUGAUAAAAGUAGUAACGUUGGUUCAUUGAGCGAGAGUUUUAAGAAGAUAACUGGCGAGUCUCCAUUUGUGAAAAACUCUGGGAUUAAUAAUUUUGGUCCCCGUGGUCCAGGUCCUGGUAACUUUAGAAUGCCUAUGGAUUUCAAAGCUCAAGGAAAUUCUGACUUUGGACCACGAGGUCCUGCAGGUCUUGGUCGCAAUAGUUCAUUUGACUUAAGAGACGGUGUUCCACUGAGAGGACCUAAUUCUAGUCCACAGCAAAUGCAAGACAUUAGCAUAGAAUCAAGACCAGACGUUUUAAGUCUAGUGACUGACCCAGGCAUGAUUAAAGAUAAUAAUGAACUUGUUAGUGGAGAGAACCAACCUGAUCUGGCAAAUGCUCAAUCUACUGAACAAAAUAUCGAUACUGCCCACAAUAAUGGUCCUGACAAUUACCCAGUGCAAACUGCUGAGAUUCCAUUAUUGGAGAAAAUACCAUGGACCGAGGGUCAGUUUCCUGAAGGUAAUGUGCAAAAAGAUUCUAAUACUCUUAAGGAUGGAGAUAAUUCAUCUACCAAUUACAUUGCUUUAGAACAAGGUACUCAGAAUGUGACAACUGAAACGGUAGAACCUAAUCAAGACUUAUCCAACGAUGAUAAUAGUGCAACCAAAAAAUCUGAAGUAUUGCCCUUCAUGGGAGAAAAUGAUCCAAAACCCGAAGACUUAAAUAUGGAACCUCCCCCAGAAUUUCCGAAUUUAGGACCCCUUACGACAGACACUAUUGAAAGUACCGAUCCUCUACGGAGGACAGAUGAGGUACAUGAUAUAAAGGAGUCUUCCUCGCAGCCUUUCUUAAACAAUCCAGAAUGUUCUACCUCUAGAGACAAUUUUGAUCCUGCAUUUGGUCCAAGAGGAAUGCAGUUUAGACCAAAUACACCUUUCUUUGGACCUAGAGCUCCUGGUGACAAUAGAUUCCCUAUGUUUGAGCCCAGAGGUCCAAUGCCGUUCAAUCCUGUUGGUCCGAAUUCAUAUUCAUUAGGACCGCGAGGUCCUACUGAUGGACAAUUCGGUCCACGAGGACCUAAUAUUGGACAGUUCGAUCCACGAGGUCCUAACGAUGGACAAUUUACUUCAAGGGGACUUAGUGACGCACAGUUCCGUCCAAGAGGACCAAAUGAUGGUCAGUUCGGUCCAAGAGGUCUCAACGAUGGACCAUUUGGACCAAGAGGUCCUGGUGAUGGACCGUUUGGACCAAGAGGCCCCAAUGACGGGCCGUUUGGACCGAGAGGUCCCAACGAUGGACCAUUUGGACCAAGAGGUCCCAAUGAUGGAUCAUUUGGACCAAGAGGCCCUAAUGACGGGCCGUUUGGACCAAGAGGCCCCAAUGAUGGACCAUUCGGACCAAGAGGUCCUGGUGAUGGACCAUUUGGGCCAAGAGGCUCCAAUAGCGGACAGUUUGGACCCAGAGGUUCUAAUAUUGGACAGUUUGGUCCCAGAUACGAAGGACAAUUUGGACAAAGAAGACCUAAUGAAGGUCAGUUUAGUCUCAGAGGACCUAAUGACGGACAGUUUGGACCUCAAGGGUCUAAUAGACAGUUUGGUCCUAGCAGACCAAAUGAUGUGUCUUUUGAUAAUCGGAGUCUUAACAAUAUGCAGUUCACUCCUAGAGGACCGAAUGAUGGGCAAUUUAAAUUCUCAGGUCCAAGCGAUACGUUAUUUGGUUCACGUCGCAACGAGGGUCCGUACCAGCGAAGUCCGAGUGGUUUAAAAGGUACAACCGAAGGACCGUUUCCCAAUCGAUUCAAUGAGAAACCAUUUGACACUCCUGCCGAUGGAACUUUCGUACCACAAAGUGGAAACGACACGUUUUUUCCAUCGCAAGGUCCAACAGAUGGUUCAAAUGAUUUGUUCACUACUCGAGACAGACAGUUUGAUGUCAAAGGAAUUAAUAAUAUGGGUCUCAAGAGUAGGGAAAACUCAGAAGUCAGUGGUAAUGGAGGAUUGUUUGAAUGUAAGGAUCAAAUACAGAUGGAACAAACCGCCCAACAGGGGAAGUUUCAUACUAAUGAUACGCAAAGUACAGGGUGGAAGCAAUCAUAUCCUAAAAAUAGUUUAAGUGAUGUCGACCAGAGAUCUGGACAAGAGUUUGACUAUAACGAGAAAGCUGUGCUUAGUCAAAAUGAACCAUUUAAUCAGUGCGUAAUAAAUAAUCUAGAAAGAAGAUCUCCUUUAGAUGCAAUCAAAUGUAAUAUACCAGAGAUGAGGACAGACAAGACUAUGAGCGAAUUAACAAUUGGGGAGACGUCUUCGAGCUCUGAAUACUCAAAGUUCAAUAGUCCUAGUAUGUAUGCAAAACGGUCGAUGGAUAGUCGACAAUCUCAGGUUAGAUGUACACCUGUUAAAGAAUUUUGUAUAGAGAAACAAUUUAAUUAUAAUCAUGGUGGGGCUGCUACUGAUAAAAAAUUCAUUGAACAUAUACCUGCUAAAGUAAUUGAUUAUGCUCACACUUCUCGUUCAUCGAUUCAGGAUCACUUAACUCCUGUACAGUGCUUCGAUUAUGGACACGGUAACUUGAAACCACUGGUACCAGAGCGUGAAGUACACCCGAAAAAAGAUUUUAGAAAUUGGGAAGAGAGUGAACAGAACUUGAAAGAAUAUACAGAGAAAAUAAGAAGAUACGAGCAUUAUUCGGUUAAACCGGAUAAUAGAAGAUCAGGAGAUUAUGGUCACAGAAGAAACAGCGAAGAGUAUAUGGAAGAUAAAAAGUCUGAAAGAGAGCAUAGGGAGAAAGAAGACUACAAGGCAAAAGAUAGAGAUGAUAGAACAUUUGAUCAUGUAUCUAACAAAGAUCAGGAUAAGCGAUACGAUAAAAAAGCUAAUAAAGAAAGAACACGGGAAAGAAAUGAAUCGAGCCAAAAGGAAACAAAUAAAGAAAACAAAGACGAGGACAGGUAUAGUACCAGUGAAUUUUAUCACUUAUGUAUGAACAUAUUGUACAUAAAUAAUAACGAGUUAUGUGAAUAUGUAAAAGAAAAUUCGUUUGAAAAUAUAUAUAUAACUUUCUUUAGAUCGAAAGGGAAUAUAAACUGGCAGGAGAACUCGAACAAGAACAUCGUUGAGACAAAGCCACCAGAUACCAGUGUUACAGAUGCCCAACACAAUGUGGUGGAACCUGCACCAAAGACUUUGGAGUUGGCGAAAACGCCAAACUGCACAAUGGUGGAUGACUUACUGUGUACUCCUGGUCGCCAGAAUAGACCACCAAAAAUGGCCAUUAUCUUAAGGGGUCCUCCAGGCAGUGGGAAAUCGUUUGUUGCGAAACUGAUUAAGGACAAAGAAGUAGAACAAGGAGGCUCUGCACCAAGGAUUUUAAGCCUAGAUGACUACUUCUUAGUUGAGAAAGAAAUAGAAUCUACCGAUGAUAAUGGCAAGAAAGUGAUCGUCAAGGAAAUGGUCUAUGAAUAUGAAGAAGCAAUGGAGCAAAGUUAUGUGAUAUCGUUGGUAAAGGCAUUUAAGAAAAAUAUUACCGACGGUUUCUUUAACUUUAUAAUACUUGACUGUAUUAACGAAAAAAUCUCUGACUACGAAGAAAUGUGGAGCUUUGCUAAAACUAAAGGUUUCAAAGUGUAUGUAUGCGAAAUGGAAAUGGACUUACAAAUCUGUUUAAAAAGGAACAUUCAUAAUCGCACGGAAGACGAAAUAAACAGGAUUAUAGACUAUUUUGAACCAACGCCAAGUUACCAUCAAAAACUAGAUGUUAAUUCAAUGUUGCAAGAACAAGCAAUUGAAGAGGUUCAUAUGGAAGAUAGUGAAGAAACACAAGAAAAAGUAUCACAACAAAACGAGGAUAGUCAAGAUAGUCAAGAGGAUGUUCAAGAUGGUGUUGGAGUAAGCAAGUGGGAACGCAUGGAAGCGGAAGAUAAAUUAGAUCGUUUAGAUGGUCUCGCGAAGAAAAAGAAUGAAGGAAAAGUUCAAACAAUGAAAGACUUUCUUCAGGUUCCUGAUUACUAUAAUAUGGAGGAUACUUCUGGUAAAAAACGCGUAAGAUGGGCAGACUUAGAAGAACGGAAAGAACAGGAGAAAAUGCGUGCUGUAGGAUUCGUCGUUGGCCACACCAACUGGGAUCGUAUGAUGGAUCCAACGAAAGGAGGAAGCGCUUUAACACGCACAAAGUAUAUAUGAUUUAACUUUACUUCUAGGAUAUCUAAAAAGGAUUAGAAGUAAAAUUAUCAUUGUUUGCUUGUAAGUUCUAGUCUACAAAUCUAUACGACUACUUAAACAAAGAUCUAGGCAUCUGAAAAAGAAAAUAUAAUUUUUCAUAUUUUUACAAAUAAAAGGGGAAUGAAUGAUUUUUAUGCUGUGGAACGUAAUGUUAUAAUAAUAUAAAAGAAUAUUAUCGUGCUAAAAUGGGAAGAGCUUGAUGAAACAAGUUCGUUCUUACAGUAUUCGUUUAUACCACAUGAAGACUGCCCUCUUACAAUUAAUAUAAAAGACUGCAAUUUACUAUUACAGUUUUACAGUAUUUGAUAUGAAUUUAGUAAUGAUAUUUCUGUUACAAAAUGAAUCGAGAAAUACAAUCACGUAUAUCGUUAUAUAAACAUUUUUUACAUGCAUCUAAUGUAAAGCUGUUAAAUUUUUCUUAUUCUAAUUAUACAUGUAUGUGUAUAUCUUCAUAAACUAAUUCUUAAAUUGUAAGUGCGAUUGGUUAAGGCAAAAUGUUAAUAUUAUUUUAAAUUGACUGUCACAAUACAUUUCAGUGGACAUUUGUAAAAAAAUGUUGCUUUAUACAAGCUUGUACAUGCUACAUUUUUAUUUUCCUCCUUAUUUAAUCCGUUAAUAGUAUUUUCAUUUUUUAUACCUUUAAAUACAAUUAGCUUCGUAAAACGUUAAUUUGAUUUUAGACAUUUUAAAUAUCCUUUUUUACAUUUCCUUACAAUUCGACGAAAGCAAAGUAUUUCAGUGUUUCACACAAUCAUUGUAUAUUGCAGGUUUUUCUCGCUAUCGUAAUGACAGUUGCCUUUUCAUUCUACUGACUUCAGUAACACAAAAAAUCAAGACAGCAAGACAUCUACAACUUUCAGGUCCUUCGAACACUGAUGUACUAUUUCUAGAAAAUCUAUUUAAUAGAAUCAUUAAGUCACUUUACUCAAAGUACAUUGUAAUUAUUGUAUAUACUAUUACUUCUAAUGAAAUUGUUUUCAUUACGUGUUUUUAUAUCUCUACUUCCUACAUAUUGUAUAAAGCAAAACUGCAAUCUGAGUGUACAGGAUAGAUAUACACUGCCUAUCAAAAGUUCUGCUAUAAAAAAAUUAAUAUAUACAUAAGUCGUUGAACUACGAUAAUCAUUGUACGGAUAAAAUAAGAAAUAAAUUAUAGAGCAUUAUUUAACAAUUUGUUAUCGUAGUUAUAAUAGAUUUGUCUUUCAGAAUUAUUGGAACAAUGCUUUCAGAAGAUCGUAUAUACUAUUAAAAUUACAUGGAACUAUCAAUUAAAAUUUCGAUCAACAUAAAUAAAUUUAAUUCUUAUUACGAUGUAUUGUAAUUAUAAUAAUAAUAAUAGAAGUAAAUUUUAAUUUAAACAUAUUUUUCAAACUAUAAGGAAAACCUUAAACAUUGCCUAUUAGAAGACAUUUUAUUCAUAAGAAUUGUUAAUAACUGAUUUAUUUUAAAUGAAGUCUUUCUAAAAAUCAUAUUUUUCAUUAUUUUAAAAAGGCGAGAAUUUUGUUAACACUUUUAUCU